CGCCGGAGGGUUUGAUUGGCGGGGCCCUGGCCUUGGCGGCUGGCGGGAAAGCAGCAGUGGGGACUGAUUCUCCGGUCCGUCUUUGGAUUCCGCCCAGUGUUUUGUGCUGUGUUCAAGUUCCACCCCGCCUCUCGACCUGGAGCUGCGCUGCAGCUGCAGCUCGGUGGACCAGAGCAGCAAGGAUGGAGACCCCAAACCUUUGGGACAGCUCAGCCCCCUCCAGCACCCCCAGAGAAAGCCUAGUUCCAGACCCGCCUUGGGACCUCUGCAAGGAGGAUGUAGCCGCUGGACUGGGAAGAACAGAAGACGGAAAGGAACCGGUGAUAAGCAGCGAAGGUAGCCCCCUUCCCCAGGAACCUGCUGCUGCUACUCAGUUUAACGGCCCUGCAGAGACAGAACGCCAUGAGCCCCUCGUGUGUGGAUGGGAGAGAAUUGUGAAGCAAAGGCUGUCUGGGAAAACUGCAGGCAGAUAUGACGUAUACUUCAUCAGCCCACAAGGACUGAAGUUCAGAUCGAAGCGUUCACUUGCUAAUUAUCUUCUCAAAAAUGGAGAGACUUUUCUUAAGCCUGAAGAUUUUGAUUUUACUGUACCGUCUAAAGGGGACAUCAGAUCCGAUUAUAAAGACCAAAGCUUGGUAGCUCUGACGUCGCAACAGUCACAGCAGCCAGAGGAAAGCAGCAUCUCACAGCAUAACCUCAGGACACGAAGCAGGUUGCAAACCCCUGUGUUGCCUUCACCCAGUGAUAAUUCAGAGACCCCAGGUAGCAGCAGACUGUCCAACUCCAGAAAGCCCAAAAGAAAGGCGGCUGUUUUGAAAGGAAUUGGAAGUGAGAAAACCAAACAAAGGCGCAGGAAGAGUCUCUCGGAUUCUGCACGAAGUUCCAGAAAAAGAGAAUCUGUGGUUCAGAAAGCAGGUGCUGAAAGUGAUCUGGUUCCACCGGAAUGUCUGUGCCCUGCAGGUGCCUGCUCCAGCCAAGGGACUGUCAGCGUGGCUGGGGAAGAGAAGGGCCUGGGUACAGAAAAGCCACUGAGUCCAGGGUCAGAUCUUCAUCCCACACAAGUAGCUUCUGGCAUCACAAACAAAUUGCAUUCAACGGAAGAAGCAGGUGAUACGAACCGUGAGCAAACUUUUUUAGAAGCAGAGGAAAUCAAAUCGAAGGGAGACGGAGAGGGGGAGGCGCAUUUGCAUAUCGACGUUUUACAGGGUGACUCUGAAAUGCCCGGCUGCUCCCAAGCCAAGAAACGCCUUACUUCUGAGACACUCCGAGAAGACAGCAGUCCACGAACACAAGUAGAAAGAAGGAAAACAAGCCUGUAUUUUUCCAGCAAGUACAACAAAGAAGCUCUUAGCCCCCCACGACGAAAAGCCUUCAAGAAAUGGACUCCUCCUCGGUCACCUUUUAAUCUUGUUCAAGAAACACUUUUCCAUGAUCCCUGGAAGCUCCUCAUUGCGACUAUAUUUCUCAAUCGGACCUCAGGCAAGAUGGCCAUCCCUGUGCUUUGGGAGUUUCUAGAGAAGUAUCCUUCAGCCGAGGUGGCCCGAACUGCUGACUGGAGGGACGUGUCAGAACUUCUUAAGCCUCUCGGUCUCUAUGAUCUCCGUGCAAAAACCAUUGUCAAGUUUUCAGAUGAAUAUCUGACAAAGCAGUGGAGGUAUCCGAUUGAGCUUCACGGGAUUGGUAAAUACGGCAACGACUCGUACCGGAUCUUUUGUGUCAAUGAGUGGAAGCAGGUGCACCCUGAAGACCACAAGUUAAACAAAUACCAUGACUGGCUGUGGGAAAAUCAUGAGAAAUUAAGUCUGUCUUAAGCCAGCUGUCUUGUGCUUCCAUCCCUAGGAGCACUGUGUACAGUGAGCUCCCUCCCACUAGUUGAUCUUAGUCGAUUAGUGUUGUAGACAGAUUCUUAAUGUGAAAAAGUAACUGUUGGGAGCUGGGGAGAUGGCUCAGCCGUUGUCCAGAGGUCCAGCCUGUACUACAUAGAGGGGAAAAAACCCAAACAGGGCAGGGUAGUGAAGUUACUCAUUAAAUAGUCACUUGUGCUAAGCCUUAUGACCUGAGUCCCAUCCCUGGGACAACUCCUUUGGGUUGACCUCUGACCUUCACUUGAACUCACAUAUACAUAUCACAUACAUAAGAAAAAUUUUAAGAAAUAGUCUGGAGAGAGAUGGCUCAAUAGCUUAGUGUGCUUGCUGCUCUUCCAGAGGACCCCGAGUUCAGUUUUUAGCACCCUCGUCGGGCAGCCCACCACAGCUCCUAGGAAUCUGAUGCCCUCUUCCAGCUUCAUUGGUGCCUUAGUGUGUGUGGCAUGUAUGUGCAUAUACAUAAAAACCUAACGGAAAAAUUAAGUCCUGAUUAUUAAACACUAUUUUAAGAUGUAAUUUGAAAAUCAAAUUAUGCCUCUCCACUCUCACAGCAAACAUCCACUCACAUAAUGCAUAAUAUUGCAUCCCAUUUUUCAUUAACAAAUUGUGUUAUGAUAUAUUCAGUAACAGAGAUUCACCUAUACUAAUCAUGGUGGUACACUACUAUAAUCCUAACGUGUGGGAGUUUGGAGAGGGUCAUGAUCAAGUUCAAGGUCAACCUGGUCUACUUUGUAGUUUCCAGGACAACCUGGGCUAUAUGGUGACGUCCUGUCUCAAAACAAAAAAAAAAAAAAAAAAAAAAAAAAACCUAAAAAUCCACCAGUGGCACACACAGUAAGAAUAUGUAUAUGCACACACACACACACACACACACACACACACAUUCCUAGCACUUGUAAUGCUGAGGCAGGAGGACCACUGAAUUCAAGGCAGCCUGGCUUAUGUGAGUGUGAGAGCAGCUUUGGCUGUACAUCCAAAUCCUGUAUAAGAAAAAUAUAGACUAAAGUUGUUAGACUAAAUAAAACUAUGUUUGGAUAAGUGGCUGGUGGUCCUCUUUAAUGGAAUUCUUUGAGGGUUUUUUUUCUUGGGGGGGGGGGUUGUUUGUUUUUUUGAGAAAGGGUUUCUUUGGGUAGCCUUGGCUGUCCUGGAACUGGCUCUGUAGACCAGAUUGGCCUUAGACUCACAGAGAUCCACCUGCUUCCUCUCCCAAGUGCUGGGAUUAAAGAUGUGCACCACCACCUCCCAUCCCUGGUUUUGUUUUGUUUUGUUUUUCUGAGACAGAGUUUCUCUGUAGCUUUGGAGCCUGUCCUGGAUUUAGCUCUUGCAGACCAGGCUGGCCUCGAACUCACAGAGAUCCGCCUGCCACUGCCUCCCGAGUGCUGGGAUUAAAGGUGUGCGCCCCCACCACCCGGCUCCCAUCC